AAUCAAGCAGGUCCCCCCGCCUUCCGUUUCAAAAACCCCCAACAAACCUCGCUGGAGUCGUUUUCCUCCUCAAUUAUCCCGCCCUUCGAUCUUCCCCCCAAAACCCUAACGUGCACCUUCUUAUCUCUCUUUCCGAUCUCAUCUUUCUCUCGCUAUGAAUCGAAGGAUUCGGAGCCCAAACGCUAAGCUCUCGGCCUCCCAGAUCGAGGAGCGGCACCACCGGUUCCUAAAGCCCGGCGCCCUUGCGCGCCUCCGAGACUCCAGGAUCAGCACUGUAAGAUCGCCCCGAUCCCUCUCCCACCCCCGCCUAUCGCCCCCGUCCUUCCCCUCCUCUGCUUCGCCGCCCGCUGCUGCUCACGACUAUGGAAUUCCUUUCUUUGCCGCUCGGGCCCGCGGCCCGCGGUUCCCGCAGCGGAAGAAGCUCGCCGCCGCCAAGUCGAUCUUCUUCGCUCCCUCGAGCCCGGAGUUCAACGAGUUCUUCUUGGACGCCUUCGGCACUGAUAUGGUUGCUGCUCAUUAAGCUAGAAGGGUUUCCGCUGUGGAUCUUCUUUCCUUCCGAUCGUUUGGUUCGGAUGUGCGUUGGGUUUGAUAGAUCGAGACUUAAUAACAGCAGAAGUUGUGGUCUAGGGUAAUUCUGUGUAGAUCUGAUGUGGGAAAUGUAGAACAUUUUUUCUUAAAAAGAGCUAACCUUUGUUCUCAUUCUAUAGGUGGAUUACAUCAUGGCUUAUUAUUACUUCAUGCUAAACAAGUUUCUGGUUCUGGUGAUGUUUGUUAGAAACUAUGUGCCUUUACUAGGCUUUUAAAUCUGCAAAGUUGAGCCGAUUUGAUGGA